CUGUCUCCUGCUGAGCUCCUCACUGAGGCUCCAUCCAUCAGAGGAGACACAUGUCCACUGAGAGCUGUCUGUCUCUCCGCCUGUCUGUCUCUCUCUCCACCUGUCUGUCUGUGGACCAGCAGCACCAUGGAGGACAGGUGCUGGCUCCUGCUCUGGGUGUGUGUGUGCUGUGUGUGUCCGACCUGCUGCUGGCACGAUCUGGAUAACAGCGAGUACGACUGCUGGCCCCUGGACAAACCCAACGAGUACAACAUGAUGGACUGUGGAGGGUUAGAGAUGGCGUGGCUGCUUCGUCCUCCGGAGACGGUGAAGAGCGGCGAGGUUUUCAGCGUCUCGUACUCGGUGACGGCCGGAGACGCUUUCUACCACUGGGCGGUGGAGAACCACAUCUUCACCCACAGUGCAAUAGUGGACGCUGAAGCGGCCCGGAGGUUCUGCGAACACAUCGACUGCCCGACUAACUGGAAAGACGCUGACGGAGAGAACUGCUGCAUCCAUCACGCCAACAUCCACUCCUGCCCGCUGGGACACAUGACGGAGAGUAUCUGCGGCCCCUGGAUACCUGACGACGGGAAGAUCUUCACACACACCAUCUCGACCUCCGGGAAGAUGACCCAGACCAACUGGACCUCCAAGGUGGUUCUGGUUCAUCCCGGUUUAACCUCGCUCAUCGCUCACAUACGAGUCGGACGCAUGCAGGUCGCUCUCGAGGCCAAGAGCACUGUGGAGCCGGCUGUGGUGUGUGCUGAUGGUGUCUGUGAGGAGGGGGAGCUUUGUUCCACCUGUCCGGCAGACUGCGGCGAGUGCCCGACGACCCCCGCCACCAAAGUCACCAUCGGGCUGCCGCUCAGCCUGCUCUGCGUCUGCCUGGUUCUGACCGCCGUGUGGCUGAGGUACCAGAAGCAGAAGCUGUUGUGGGACGAGAGCUGGAUCAUCGACUUCUCCAAGAUAAAACAAGACCAGGAGGCCCGCCUGACGACGGGCAGCGUGAUGAGCGUGCCGGUGGGGAACAGCGACAGCAACACCAGCUGUGUGACCGCGCUCAGCUGCUACAACGGACAGCCAGGGACCAGGAAAACCCCGUUCACCUGCACCGGGAUAUAUGACGGCAGGACGGUGGCCAUCAAGAGGAUUCAAACCAAAACCUUCUCCCUGUCCAAAACCAUCAGACAGGAGGUCAAACAAGUCAGGGAGCUCGACCACCCGAACCUCUGCAAGUUCAUCGGCGGUUGCGUUGAGCCGCCGGAUGUUGCCAUAGUGACGGAGUACUGCCCCAAAGGAAGCCUUAACGACGUUCUGCUUAAUGAGGAGAUCCCACUCAACUGGGGCUUCAGGUUUUCCUUCGCCACAGACGUAGCGAGAGGCGUGUCGUACCUCCACCAACACAGAGUCUGUCACGGCCGCCUGAAGUCUGUGAACUGCGUGAUCGACGGCUGGGUCUGCAAGAUCACCGACUUCGGGUUGAGGAUGUAUCGCAGGGACGACGGGGCGGAGCCUCUCUCGUCCUAUCAGCAGAGGCUUCAGGAGGUCUACAUGCCGCCCGAGUUUCAUAACUCCAACGUGGAGCCCACGCUCGCUGGAGAUGUGUUCAGUUACUCCAUCAUCCUGCUGGAGAUAGCCACUCGCAGCGACCCCGUCCCAGUGGAGGAGUCGAGCCUGGAGAGCUCCUGGUGUCCCCCUCUGCCUGAGCUGAUCUCCAGUAAAGUGGACAACAGCUGUCCCUGCCCGGCGGACUACGUGGAGUUGAUCCGGAGAUGUCGCUCUCAGAACCCGGCCCACCGCCCGACCUUCGAGCAGAUCAAGAAGUUUGUCCACCGGAUCAACCCGAUCAAAGUCAGCCCAGUGGACAUGAUGAUGAACCUGAUGGAGAAGUACAGCAAACACCUGGAGGUGCUGGUGGCCGAGCGGACCCAGGACCUGACGCACGAGAAGCAGAAAACUGACCGACUGCUUUACAGUAUGCUUCCCAGGCAGGUGGCGGACGACCUGCGUCAGGGCAAACCCAUGAAGGCUCAGAGCUACGUCAGCGCCACUGUCUUCUUCAGUGAUAUCGUGGGCUUCACUCAGCUGUCCAGCAGCAGCACUCCCUACCAAGUGGUGGACUUCCUGAACAAACUCUACACGACAUUCGACGACAUCAUCGACAACUACGACGUCUACAAGGUGGAGACCAUCGGAGACGCCUACAUGGUGGUGUCGGGGGUCCCUCAGGAGAACGGGGUGCAGCAUGCAGCAGAGAUCAGCAGCAUGGCUCUGGAUCUGGUCGGGGUCUGCAGCUGCUUCAGGAUCCCCCACAAACCCAACACACUGCUGCAGAUACGGGCCGGGAUACACUCCGGUCCCGUGGUGGCGGGGGUUGUUGGGACGAAGAUGCCUCGGUACUGUUUGUUCGGGGACACGGUGAACACGGCGUCCCGGAUGGAGUCCACCAGCCUGGCAUUGAAGAUCCAGUGCAGCUCGGCAGCGUUUUACCUGCUGGAGGAGAUCGGAGGAUAUCUGCUCAGCUGCAGAGGAACGCUGAGCGUCAAGGGGAAAGGGGACAUGGUGACGUACUGGCUGGAGGGGAAGAAGAACACCCUGCUCUGUAGGGACGGGGGGGCGUCCAAACACACCAACGAAGAGGAGGAGGAGGAGGAGGAUGAGGAGCGGCUGUUCUCCUCCAUCCCGGGAUGUCUGCCCGACGACAGCCCGCAGCACACCUGAGGAACCGGGAAAUAAGUGAGAGGGUCAGUGAGGUGGGGGGGCAGAUGGUGGAGGGCUCUGAGGACCAGAGCGGGGGAGGAGUAACCGGGACAGAGAGUAGACGAUGUAAAUAACCCCCCCCAUGUGUUAGCCCGAGCCACAGCAGAGCCAAUCCUCAUCCUUCAGCACUGCAGCUGCUGCCUGCUUUCCCGGCAGAGUUUCUGUUGCUCUCCUACUCUGUCGCCCUUUAUGUGACUCCAUGUAUUCAGUAUGUACUCUGUCCCUUCCUUAUCCCUCUCUGAAAGAUAAUACACGAUGCCUUUAUUUAUAUUCCCAGGGAUAAAGUAUGUACUAUCAAUAAACACUUUAAUGAAAGUGGGUUUUUCUGUUUUCAUUCUAAUUCAACACGUGAAGAGCGCUCUAAAUAAAAUACCUUUUACAGAUUUAAAACACACAGAUUUAAAACACAGAUUUAAAACACACAGAUUUAAAACACACAGAUUUAAAACACACAGAUUUAAAACACA